GCAACAGUUAAUGAAGUACACACAUUACUAAUGUCCAUCCUGCAGAGAAAUGAACUGUGAAAAAAUUUAAGCAAACAUGUUCCAACUGUUCAUACAAAGGAUUGCACGAAUCACACAUUGUGCUUCCAUAAAAGUUUCCCCACAAUUUGCUGCUGCUCAGCAUGUACUUCACUUAGCUUCCUACAAUUAAAAUUUGCAAACAAAAAAGCUUUCCAGUGCUAACAAACUCAUAUGCUUUCCUGGAGAUCUGGAGCCACGUGUUUUGGGAAUAGCUGGGUACACCACGCCAAUAUAAUAUAAAGCUCAACCAGGUGGUUGGUACUAAAAUGAUAUGGGUGGCAGUCAUUGGUGAUUGGUUCAACCUCAUAUUUAAAUGGAUUUUAUUUGGUCAUCGCCCUUACUGGUGGGUGCAAGAAACAAUGAUUUAUCCUAAUCAGUCAAGCCCGUGCCUUGAACAGUUUCCUAUAACAUGUGAAACUGGACCAGGAAGCCCAUCUGGACAUGCCAUGGGAUCAUCCUGCGUCUGGUAUGUAAUGGUCACAGCAGCACUUAGGUACACAGUUAGAUGGAAAGAUAAAUCAGCUGUUACCCUUCACAGACUAACAUGGUCAUUCCUCUGGAGUAUUUUUUGGAUUAUCCAGAUCAGUGUGUGCGUCUCAAGAGUAUUCAUAGCAACACAUUUCCCUCAUCAAGUUGUUCUUGGAGUAUUUGCUGGCAUUCUUGUGGCAGAAGCAUUUGAGCAUACCCCUGCCAUUCAGACAGCAAGCUUGAGAAUGUACAUCAAGACAAACUUGUUUCUUUUCAUCUUUGCCCUUGGUUUUUAUCUAUCUCUGAAGCUUCUUGAUAUUGACUUGCUAUGGUCUGUUCCAAAAGCUAAGAAGUGGUGUGCCAACCCAGACUGGAUAAACAUUGACACAACUCCAUUUGCUGGACUGGUGAGGAACUUAGGUGCACUCUUUGGUUUAGGUCUUGGAAUUAAUUCUGAAAUGUUCAUCACGAGCUGCAAAGGUAAAAAUAGCCGCAAGUUAAGUUUCCGCAUAUUGUGUAUAGCUGCUUCUUUAGCUACACUGCAGCUGUAUAAUUUUGUUAAGAUACCUACUCAUACUGAGUAUUUGUUCUACAUUCUCUCUUUUUUUAAGAGCGCAGCUAUGCCUCUGACUGUAGUUGCCUUGGUUCCGUACUGUGUCCACUCAUUAAUGAGGACAACUGAAAAGAAACUUAAUUAGGUUAAGUUUCAAAAUGGUUAGCAAUGUGGGGAUGGAUGUGAACUGUUCAAGAACCCUCUGCAAAGGCAGUUUUGCUAAUUCAUUUAAACCAAGGGGAUGCCACUGCAUCCUGGAAAGGAGCUAGUACAUCCGAAAUCACUACACUCAAGAAUGACUUUGACUUUGGCUCAGAAAUAUUAGUUGCUGAUUUUAUUCCUAGAAAUAUUGCAAGUGCACUGCAGUAUGGUUAGAAAUGGCCCAAUACUCUGGGUCAUAAUUAAGUUUUAAAGUGUAAUCAGCCAUCUUUAUUUAGCUAUAUGGUGGUCUUUUAGUUCUGUCCAUCUCUAGCUAGAUAAUGCUUCAAGCGCCAGUUGUACAUGGUGAUACUCGAUAUUUUGGUUUUUUUAUAUAUACUGUGUGUUAAACUGCUACAUAAUGGUGUGACAGUAUCACACCACCUACAACUGUAGGCUGUAUCCAGGCACUGUGGAAAAGGCCAGCAUAGUUAUAAACAAGGCUUUAGAUUUAAUUUAUUGAGCUUCCUGAGCAAACCAGCUUCUGAUUAAGUCAGAUGAGGAAAAAAAAA